AGCUAAAGGGCGCCCAGAGCAGAGGUAACCCGAGAGCAAACAAGAUGAUGGAACAACAACCCGUCUAUAACCCGAUUAUCCCAUUUACUGGGAGUAUACUUGGUGGACUUCAAGAUGGGAAGCUGGUGAUAAUUCAAGGCCAGGUGCCAGGACACGCCAAGAGGUUUGGGGUGGAUUUCAUGUGCGGUUGCUGUGAGAAGCCACGUUCUGACGUUGCCUUUCACUUCAACGUGCGCUACGAUGAGUCCACCGUGGUCUGCAACACGCUGGAGCGUGAACGUUGGGGAACCGAAGAGAGGAAGCCCCACAUUCCCAUCAAUGCGGGGUCAUACUUCGAGCUGAUUGUUAAAACACAGAGUUACUGUUUUCAGGUUUCUGUGAAUGGACAACACUUCCUGGAGUACAACCACAGGCUGCCCUUGGUUAGAGUGGACACCCUGAAGAUUUCAGGAGAUGUUCACGUGAAUGCCAUCACCUUCAAAAACCCAAAUGUUCCUCCAGCAUAUCCUCCUCCUGCUUACACUCCAUCUCAGGCUUUUGCUGCCUAUUCUGCAGUCAGUGUCAAUCCUGCCUUCACCAUGCCUGCCCAAUGUGGCAAAAAUAUUGCCUUGAAUGUAGUGCCUAGACAAAAAAAUAGGAACAGGCACACUCACGUCAAGAGCACAUCUACCCCAGUGACUGUGUCUAAUCCGGUUGUUCCGUACCAGGCCUACAUCGGAAGCAUCCUGCCACAGCAGCUGAUAAAGGUUAUUGGGACUGUGAAGGUCAAGUCUCACAGGUUUACCGUGAAUCUGAUAGCGAGUUAUUCCGAUAACAUUGCCCUCCACAUCAACCAAAGAUUCGACGAGAAUGCGGUGGUGCGAAAUAGCAGGAUCAACCUGAACUGGGGAACAGAGGAGCGAGGUCUGCCAUUCCUCCCUUUUAUACCUGGCCAGACGUUUGAGAUGCAGAUCCACAUUCAACCAACCUGCUACAAAGUCUUGGUGAAUGGAAGGCACCUGUUCAACUUCAACCAUAGGGUCCAGCCCCUGAACCAGAUUGAUAAACUGGAGGUCACUGGUGAUGUCACCCUUUCUCUUGUGCAGUACUAAUGUCUUAAAGUAAAUAAUCUGUUUUAUCCAGAAGAUAAAAUUAGAGUAGCAUAAUGUUCCCACAUUUCUCAUUUUUAAACUCUCUACCUUCCUUGGCGUACAUUGAUUGAUCACCCAUUUCACAAAGUCCAAAAGGAGGCCAUCUUGUUGAGUGCAGUGAAGGUCAACCCCUCUUCUGCAUGGAUACAUUAACCAUUGGCAUUGAUUCCCAUCAGGUUAGCUUUGGCUGGUGUUUACAAUGUACUAGUGUAGUUCUGUAUUAGUAAAAUAGAAUGAAACAGCUAAACGUUAUCAUGUGUUGAUAUAGAGCAAGAAGUGGGUGUAGACUUGUUUGCCACUCGACUCCCAAUUUGACACUGCUAAUGUCCCUUAAGACCAGAGAAGAGCCCAGCCAUUCUUGAGUUUUCCUCUACCCCUGAUAAUUGCACGAGGGGACACUCAUUGUAAAGUUGGGCUGCAAAAUAUACCACUCUGGGCAACCUGGUAGAUUAAAGAAAAACAACACACUAGCAGUGGACAAACCAUUGUCAGCCACCCAUUCCACAGCACAAUCUACAUUAAUCUUUGCUAAAUUCAAAUCUAGUGAAAAUGAUGUUUCAGAGUUUAGUCUAAUUUGGGAAAAGAGUGGCUGUUUCAGGGUGUUCCAACUAAGGUUUAUCCAAUAAAAAUCUGUUCAAUAUUGUGGAGGAAACACAAGGAUGAGAAUCUUCUUAUCAUAUCCCAAUGAUUAUAGAAUUGUAGAUUAGCAGAACACAGCAGAUCCUUCAGAUCAUCAGGUUCAUUCUGGGUCUUGGAAAAAGCUGUGCAAUUAGUUCCAGUCCUUUGUGCCUUCUCCGUCACCCCAAGACACAUACCACCAGUUUUUUGAUUCCAUUUCAUUUGUUUGGUCUUUUUUGCAACAUUUCAAUGUCUUCAAUUCUGCUGCCUAGUUCAGACUGUUGCCUGUUUUAUGUUUAAUCCCAGGGAUUUUCUGCAGUUGUCAAUUUGAGAUCACGGUCAGAGGGCAGUAUGUAAUAACGAGAUGAACUUCAGUCCUGGUCCAUGUUGGGCACUCAGAGUUGGUGUGAGGGAGUGAUGUACAAUACUUUGGUGGGGAGGACCAAACUUACAAUUCACACCUCUUCCAAGGGCUACUCAUGAUAAACACACUUUAGUGUGACUGUACAUCACCAGAUACUGAUACUUCUAGUGAAGUUUCAAGACACAAAUGCCAAUCAAACCACCUCUUCCCCUCACCUCUAUCUUUCAGUCCAGAUGAAGGGUUUCAACCCAAAAUUUCUACUGUCCAACUCCCUCCACAGAUGUUGCCUGACCCGCUGAGUUCCUCCAGCAGCUUGUUUUUUGUUCCGUCAUUCUUACUGUCCGUUCUCAGGGUCCUCGCUGCUACACUCACAGACCCUCAUUAUCACUACCCUGCUGACUCUUCCAGUUGAUGCUCCAUGAGCCAUGCCCCUGGUGCUCCUUUCCACCUCAGCCCUGUGCUAACUGGAACUAGUACUGUACACUAACACACCACAGCCCCCAGGAUUGUACUUCAGUGUUAGACAGCAACAGGCCUACACCCACCACUACCAUACCUGUGUUAUAGUGACAGACCCAGAACGGGGUCUUGAGCUAAAUACGGACUCCUUGGAUCUGAAUGCUGUCCCAAAACCAUGGUCAUGGGCCUCUGGUGCUUGGGUCCCGGGAUCCUGAGCCCAGUCAGGUUUCUCUUCCAGGUCCCAUCAGAGAGUGGGAAGGAUUCCAUUCCUAUGCCACAGCCUCUGAAGUUUUCCUCCUCGUCCUCCAGGCAUUUUCUCAUGGUCUCCUUUGAGAUAGAGGCCGUGGCGCUUUGCAUCUCCUGCCUGUUCCAUAGCUCAGGUUUCGAGGGGCAAGUCAUCCUUGACUCACGGUCCACGGUUUCCUUGCACCCAGAGGUACGUCUGCGUCGUAAUGACACUGUUGGCACCUGCUACAACUUUGGUUUUACAACUGGUCCAAUUGUGCCCUCUAGUGUGGCUAAGCAGGAGUACAACUGGGCAGACGCAAAACUUACAACCUACUAGCUCCCAGUACCAUUCUCUCCCCCUCCAUUGUCCCCAGUUGGCUCAAGUCUUUGAGCACAUCCUUCUCCACUCCAGAGUAAGUCUGUCUCAUCCGGGUAGACAUGCUCUGCCUGCCAUAGAAACAAUGGCACUUGUGUCUUGAAACGUCACUAAAAAUGUCAGUAUCUGGUUAUGUACAGUCACACUAGAGCGUGUUUAUCAUGGCUGCAGAUGCUGGAAUCUGGAGCAACAAACAAUCUGCAUCCUGAUGCAGGGUUUUGGAUGUAAACAUCAACAAUUCCUUUCCCCCCCACAGAUGCUGCUCGAUCCACUAAGUUCCUCCAGCAGAUUGUUUGCUGUUUGUAGCUACCCUGGACUGUUAUAAUUAUCUUGGACACCAGCUUAUCCACAUGCUGACCCACCAUCAAGUUUAGAUUCAACAGGAAAAAAGCAAUGCUCAGCUUUGUCCUUAGAAAGGUCCAAUCUUGACUCUCUAACCUUUCCACAAGAGUGGAGACCAUAAUCUCUUGAGGCAGGAGGGAUGGUAGGGAUUAGUUCUCCAAUUAAUACCUUGAAGUUAACUCAGGAGUCCAGAAUGUGAUAUUACUGCACAAAACCUUACCCUUUUGGGGAUCAAUUACCUUCAGCUGUUUUGAGGGAGGUGCUCUCCACUUACUACAUUUAGAUUAAUUGCUCGAUGUGAAUAUAUGAGAUGUGCAAAAUGAUGUUAAGUUUAUUUAGUCCUGAUUGUGGUCAGAGGUAUUCUGGCAGAGGCUGAGAUGGGCUUCAGAACACAGAUUUAACCUCUCAUCUGACAUAUGUGUUACCAAAGCAAAUCAUUGCAAUUAAUGCUUUAUGACAUUUCACUGUAAGGAGAUAACUAAGAAGCUUCUGACUGAUAAAGUGUUUUUAUGUCUUUUUCGCCGGAUGUCUUUUAAGCAAAUACAUCAUUGC